AUGCCAAAAGAAAUGCCCAAUGGUGCUAGUGUCCCAUCUGAUCGCAUUCAUCAUUUUUCUACUGGACUCGAACUGAUUCAAGCAUUAACGAAUGGCCAGGUCGAUGUAGCCUUUGCUAUUAAGCUGCCCCAACUCGAAGCCGGAUUCCAGCGCCUCACGCCAAACGACUUCGCGAAUAAUUGCUACCUGGAUGGAGCCGGUAUGAUGACCCGAAAGGACAACACAGAGUUUUUGACCUGGUGGAACGAUGCAUUUGGACGUCUGGUUGGAACGCCUAUACUUAUGACGAAAUCUGCACGAAACUCAAGACUGUACAUGGACACAAACCCGGAUCUGGGGCCAGAGAUGUCUGUAUCGGAUACUAGAAACCCAUUGAUUCAUCACCGUCAUGUCUUUGAAGCUUCCCGAUCGGUCAACGGAUGCUUUUGUGACUAAGAAAUUGACUAUUGAACCAUUCAAUUCUGAGGUCUCGUCGGUCCUUCAAUUUUUACGACUGCUUUCGGGUUGUGGUAGCUAGCGUUGUGGUGACAACGACAACAUGACCAAGGUCAAAUUGGUCACGCGAUUCUUUUCAGUAUAAGUAAGGAGAGUACCUCUUCGUCCUAAAAAUCGAAAUACUUUAUUCGCAGGACGAAAAAAUUUAUCCAACGACACAUUCAUAAGUUUUCAACUGUCACAGAAGUAUUCAUCGUCCAAAACGAAAGUUCAUUAAAGGACAAGUCCACCCCAUCAAAAGGUUGAUUUGAAUAAAAACAGAAAAAUCAAACAAGCACAACACUGAACAUUUCAUCAAAAUCUGAUGUAAAAUAAGAAAGUUGUGAAAAUAGCAAAAUAGCUAUAUGCACAUCCAGGUCAGUAUGCAAAUGAGGGAACUGACGACAUCACUCACUUUUUUUUGGUAUUUUAUUAUAUGAAAUAUGAAAUAUUGUAAUUUUGAUUGAUUGAUUGACAACGAAUUUAUUCAUUCCAAAAUUUCAACAAAGUUACAAAGUAAAGCAAAAUAUAAUAUAACAUUUUGAAAUGAAAUAGAAACCUUCUGGAAAGCAAAGCUUGUUAUUGAAGGUUUCCUUCAAUAAAUAAGACUUUAAUAAUGCAAAAAACAAUAUAUAUAUAUAAUAUACUAAUCAUAUCGUUCUUGUUGAAGUUCAAAAUAGAUACAAUAAACAAGUCAUCAUAUCUUUCUUGUAAAAAUUAUAUGUAAAAAUUAUAUGUAAAUCCUUGUUAAAUGUAUUUUUUUUUUACAUAUUCUCCCAAGUAAAAAAUAAACAAGGCUGGAUUAUCUUACAAGAUAUGAAGAAAAAGUGAAAAGGACACACAAGACAAAACGUUACGAAACCAGGACGUGAAAGAACGGUUCAAGAUCAAGACAUGACAAAAAGUUAUACCAAAACAAGACAGACGAAAUAUUACAAGAACAGACAAAUUGAAAAAAAAGACAACAACAACAACAAAACAAAGGACAAAAACGAGUAAAAGAAAGAAAGAAGAAGGAAAGGAAAAACAAAAAAAAACAGGUAGAGCGAAAGAAA